AUGCCAUGGACAACAGCUAAGCAGUCGGUGAAUACCUUCACCCGGCCACUUGGCCCAAACGAGGUGUUCAUCAAACUGGUCAGCGAUCCCGGCCACCCGCUCGGUCGUGAACACUGGGCUAUCAACUACACGGUCACUAUCAGUCCUCGUGGGGCAUUCACAGCCUUGUCGGACUCGCCUGACCUUCUACCAGAUCUCAUCCGCUACAGUUGGUUGCAUUUGCGCUUCCAGCACCCCAGUCUAGCUGCGCAUCCGGACUCCAACUCUAAUGCUAUCUACGCGGUUCCUGACUCUGCCGAUGCUCUUAAAGAAUGGACAUCGCAGACAUUUACCGUGGAGGGCAACGCGGAGUCCGCCGACGAGGUGAUCCCCACCAUCGCACCAGCUGCCGACGCCCGGCUGUACUAUGUCCCCCAGUCGAGUGAACUGCUCCUGCACACCGCGCACUGGCGCAUGGAUGGAGUCGGUGGCCUGCUCCUCCUCGGCCAGCUGGUAGACCUGAUGGUCUCGCACGCUGACACCCUCCUCUUGGGGAAGCUGCCAGACCCGUUCGAUUCCUUCCAAUGGGGAUUGGAGGUCACACGGCUGGCGCCACCAGUCGAAGAGGCGGGCAACAUGCCCCUCACAGCAACUGACGAGCAGAAGGCUGUCGCCCACGGGGCAGUCGGUACCUUUGCCCUGGCGGCGGGCGCUCUCGGGGUGCCCUAUACCGGGGAUGCCGCGACCGUGCCCUCCGGCACACGGGCCGCCGAACUCAUGUUCUCACCCGCCGCCACGUCCGCCGCUGUAUCGGCCGCAAAAGCACGCGGCAUCGGGAUGACAGCCGCCGUGCAUGCCAGUCUGGCCGCAGCCAACUUCCGGCACGCGAUCGCCGAACACCAGGGCCGCCACUACACCAGCACCAUCAAACAGUCGCUGCGGCCGUAUCUGCCCGAACCGUACUCGACCCCCGCAGCAGCAUCGGGGCUAUACACGUCCGGCUGGUUGGCGCGGGUCGAUGCCUCCCGGACCUGGGAGGAGAAUGCCCGCAUGUAUCAGGCGGAGUAUGAGAAGGGCAUUAGUAGUGAAUAUCUCCAGGCACAUCGGGAGUAUGCGUCCACUUUGGUGGAGGUGAUGAAGAACCUGCCAGCUCCCACAGAGCCGCCUAGUGAUAUCGAUAUCAGUAGCAUGGGGAUUAUGGAGAAAUAUCUGGAGCGCGAAUAUGGAGCCCCGGAGCGUGGGAUUAGCAUCACGCAUGCUGGGGUGGGCGUGGAAAUAAUUUCGCGCCAAGGUGUGGUUUUUGUGUGGACAUUCCGUGAUCAGUUGACUCUGCGGCUGGUGUAUAACGAAGCUUUCCACACCCCGGGGCAGAUGACGGAGUUUUUACACGACAUCCAAGCGGACCUGUUGAAGGAACUGGGGGUGGCGGAGUAG